CAUUAUUUUGUUUUGGUUCUGUUUUUGUUUUGGUCGCUUGCCACUUAUUGAAUAACAAAUAGUUGCUAAAUACGUGCUUAUUAAAUGUAAACUAAGCUAGCAAAUCACUCUGUCACUGGCUACAAAUGCUAGCAACAUAUUGAAAUUAUUAUAAUACGAAAAUGUUGCCGACUGUAAACAUUUUGAGUAAUUUGAUGAGUCCCCUAAACGCCAGCUGCAGACGCGCCGUGCACCUGAAGAAACGUGAGCUGUACCAGCAAUGCUUUCGCAUACUCGGCGUACAUGAGUCAGCCGACCAGGAGACAGUGCGUCGCGCCUAUUUGGAUUUGGUGAAGCGCGUGCAUCCCGAUGCCGACAGCGACGAGGCGAGCAACGAACGCUUCCAGCAGGUGGACGAAGCAUUCAAAGCGCUGCAAGAGAAGUUCGCCAAAAGUCGCCGCAAUAUCAGCGACAACGAGGACGAGGAACUGGAAUUCGACAUAAGGCACACGGCGCCGCAGCAUCGUCAGUAUCUCUCCAAUGAAGGCAUAGGCGUGGGCACGCCCUUCCAGCGACAAAAGCAAUACCAACAGGUGCGUGCGAUGAAGGCGCAGGAGCGUGUGCUGGAGCAUCGCGUCGAGAAGGCGGCAGCCGGGGAGCAUGCGCUAAUGCGCAAAGGCGGCAGCUACUACGGCAAACAUGCGAUCAAAACGAAGUAUGGCAUCGACCGUGUUGUCGAGGAUCUCAUCCAGGAGGCCAUGUCCAAGGGCGACUUCAACAAUCUAAAUGGUGCCGGCAAGCCGCUGUCGCUGGCCCAGUCGCAGAAUCCCUAUCUGGACUUCACCACGCACAAGCUGAACAAGAUAAUGCUGGACAAUGGCUUCACGCCGGAAUGGAUAACGCUUAGCCGCGACAUACGCGAAGCUGUGGCCAAGCUGAAGCAACUGUUGCGCACCGAGCGCUGCUACUACGGCGAAUGGCCGCUCGCCACCGUCGAGGAGCAGGCGGCCUGGCAUAAAUUCGCCCAACUGCAUGCGGACGAAGUGCUCCAACUAAAUAAAACAAUUGAUAAAUACAAUUUAAUUGUGCCCAUACUGGAGAACCAAUACUUUCGCCUCACUCUGGACAGGCUGGCCGAGAGCGUCUUCCAGGAGCCAGAACUAAAGCGCAACAUGCCGAGACCACACCAGGUGAAAGCCAAGACAAAGCUCGCCAGCGAGCGCGGCUUCAUGGUGAAUCUCUUCUCCAUGUUUCUAUGAGGAUACUAGGAGCUUAGCUUAGGGAAACCAAAUCGUGAUAUGUAAAUAAAUGCAGAGCCAAAGCAGACGCUGAAUAGAACUAGAAUUGUUAU